AUGGGUCGGACAAAAGGUUCGGAAGCGGGAAACCUAUCGGUGACGAAGCGUGGUUCACGUGGUGGCAAAGAUCGGGCAGCAGCAGCAGCGAUCGCCAAAAGCGGCUUCGAUGGUUCGCUGAUUCCACCGUGGCGCAAAACGGUCUCGAUCUUCAAACAGCCGGUCACGCUGGUACACACGACAAGCCGUGAGACGAAGAAUCCAACCAAUGAGCAAUUGCGACGGGCAAAGGCACUGAACGGCCGAAGCGAUAAGCCACGACAGCUUUUCUGGGCGAAAUCUCUGGAAGGCCUAUAUGCGAUGGCACCGGUAUGUAAUCCGGAUCGUAUAAUACCGGAAAAGAAUGAGCAUAUUCAGCAUCGGCUGGAUCUGGUUGAUAAAAUGACACCGGCAUUUCCGAUGAUCGGACGAGAUGCAUGCGCAGCAUCGCUUUGUUCGGCGCUUAAUGGGUUGGGUGAAUCCCGAAUUACCGGUCAAGUAGCUCCACCAAAACGACUGGAGUUGAAUCCAUGUGUCCACAUAAAUACAGAACAGCCACUUAUCAAAGUAAGCUUAUUUUCAAAAAAAAAAAAAAAAAAACUUUGA